GCGAGCCCGAGGAGGGGGGGAGCCGCACCUCGCAGCCGCCCGGUUCCCCGACCUCACCUGCCCGCCACGCUGGCGCACCUGCUGCCGGCCCCGGCCAUGUACAGCAUGCUGGAGGGCGAGCUCAAGAGCCCCCAGCCCGCCCCGGGGGGCCCGGCGGGGGCUGCGGGCAAGGGCGGCGGCGGCGGCGGGGGAGCGAGCGGCGGAGCCGGGGCGGACCAGGACCGGGUGAAGCGGCCCAUGAACGCCUUCAUGGUGUGGUCGCGGGGCCAGCGGCGGAAGAUGGCCCAGGAGAACCCCAAGAUGCACAACUCGGAGAUCAGCAAGCGCCUCGGGGCCGACUGGAAGCUGCUGAGCGACGCCGAGAAGCGGCCCUUCAUCGACGAGGCCAAGCGGCUGCGGGCCGUGCACAUGAAGGAGUAUCCGGAUUACAAAUACCGGCCCCGCCGGAAGACCAAGACCCUGCUGAAGAAGGACAAGUACUCGCUGCCCGGCAACCUGCUGGCCCCCGGCGGGGCCGGCGCCGUCAGCAGCCCCGUCGGGGUGGGCCAGCGCCUGGACACCUACGCCCACAUGAACGGCUGGAGCAACGGGGCGUACUCGCUGAUGCCGGAGCAGCUCAGCUACGGGCAGCAUCCGGCCAUGAACAGCCCCCAGCUGCCGCAGAUGCACCGCUAUGACAUGAGCGGCCUGCAGUACAGCCCCAUGAUGUCCACAGCGCAGUCCUACAUGAGCGCGGCUUCCACCUACAGCAUGUCGCCCGCCGCCUACGGCCAGCAGCCCGGCACGGCCAUGAGCCUGGGCUCCAUGGGCUCGGUGGUGAAAUCCGAGCCCAGCUCGCCGCCGCCGGCCCUCGCCUCCCACUCCCAGCGGGCCUGCCUGGGGGACCUGCGGGAUAUGAUCAGCAUGUAUCUCCGCCCGGGGGGGGAUGCCACAGACCCUUCCAGCCUGCAGGGCAGUCGGUUGCACAGUGUCCACCAGCACUACCAGAGUGCCGGGACUGGGGUCAAUGGCACUGUACCGCUGACUCACAUCUGAGACUGCUCUGCCGUCAACCCAACCUCACCCCGCUCCUGGGACAGCUGGCUGCUCGCUUGAGCAGACUGGGACUCAAUGCACCUCCCCGGGAAGACUUUUUAAAAGGAAGGUUCGAUGUCGCGUGUGUUUUUUGU